AUGACCGAGGUGAAGGCCAAGGAGCCCGGAGCGCCUUCGUCCGCCCGAGACGGGGCGGUCCUGCUGCAGGGCCACCCCGGCCGUGGGGAAGCGGAGGCCAUCGACAUCGCCCUGGACGGGCUGCUCUACCCAAGGAGCAGCGACGAGGAGGAGGAGGACGAGGAGGAGGAGGAGGAAGAGGAGGAGGAAGAGCGGCGGCGGCAGCAACGGCAGCCGGGGGAGGAGGACCGGGACUCCCUCUCGUACCGGCCGGGGAGCGGCUCCCUCCCUGAUAAGGACGCCCUGGACAGCGUCCUGGACACCUUCCUGACCCCCGCGGCUCAUGCCUGGUCCUUCUUGGGGCCGGAGGUCCCGGAGGCUCCCGGCGCCCCCAUGAGCCGCGGCCCGGAGCCGAAAUCGGCCGAAAGCGCUGCGGGGGCUCCGGCUGCCAGCCCCCCGCAGCCUCCUCCGCGGCUCUGGCCGGGGGGGGACGCCCUGACGGCCGCCCUCAAACCGCCCCCGGGCACCGAGGGUCCCGCCGCGACCCCCCGGGGCAAAGCCCCCGGGCUGGGGGCUCUGGCCCCCCAGGAGCGCCCCUUCCCCGCCGGCAGCCGCCGGCCGGAACAGGGCUCUGGCUCCGGGGGGAGCCUGGCCUCGGCCCCGGCGGCCUCCCCGACGGCUGCGGAGCAAGAACCGGGAGCGCACCGGGGAGCGUGUCCGGGGCAGGACUACCUGCAUGUGCCCAUCCUGCCGCUCAACUCUGCCUACCUGGCCUCCCGCACCAGGCAGCUGCUGGACGUUGAGGCUGCGUACGAGGGCAGCGCCUUCGGGCCCCGCACCUCGCCCUCCGCCCCCGCUCCGGAUUUCGCGGAUUACGGCUACCCGCCGGCCGACGGCAAGGAGGGAUCCUUCGCCUACGGCGACCUCCAGCCCGCCCUGAAGAUCAAGGAGGAGGCCGUCGGGCUGCCCGCCCCGUACCUGGGAGGCAAGGCAGCCUCCGCCGACUACCCGCAGCCCCCCCGGGCCGCCCAGGAGCCUUCGCUGGAGUGCGUCCUCUACAAGACCGAAGCCUCCCUGCUGCCCGCAGCCUACGGGCCGCCGGCGCUGCCCGACAGCCUCCCCUCCACCUCGGCCUCCGCCGCCCCGCCGGGCCUCUACCCGCCGCUGGGCCUCAACGGGCACCAACCCUUGGGCUUCCCGGCGGCCGUGCUGAAGGAGGGCUUGCCCCAGCUCUGUCCGCCCUACCUCGGCUACGUGCGGCCAGAUACAGAAUCCAGCCAAAGUUCUCAAUACAGUUUUGAAUCUCUACCCCAGAAGAUUUGUCUCAUCUGCGGUGAUGAGGCUUCUGGUUGCCACUAUGGAGUACUUACCUGUGGAAGUUGUAAAGUCUUCUUUAAAAGGGCAAUGGAAGGGCAGCACAAUUAUUUAUGUGCUGGAAGAAAUGACUGCAUAGUUGAUAAAAUUCGUAGGAAGAAUUGUCCAGCAUGUCGCUUGAGGAAGUGCUGUCAAGCCGGUAUGGUCCUGGGAGGUCGAAAAUUUAAAAAGUUUAACAAAGUUAAGGUUGUGAGAACAUUAGAUGUCGCUCUCCAGCAGCCAGCAACCCUUCAAGAUGAAAGCCAAUCUCUAACCCAAAGGCUGUCCUUUUCUCCAAAUCAAGAAAUACAGUUUGUUCCCCCAAUGAUAAGUGUUUUACGAGGCAUUGAGCCAGAAGUUGUCUAUGCUGGUUAUGACAAUACAAAACCUGAAACACCAAGUUCCUUGCUGACCAGUCUCAAUCAUCUUUGUGAGAGGCAACUUCUUUGUGUAGUCAAGUGGUCAAAAUUACUACCAGGAUUUCGGAAUUUACAUAUUGAUGAUCAGAUAACUCUCAUCCAGUAUUCCUGGAUGAGUCUAAUGGUUUUUGCAAUGGGAUGGAGAUCAUACAAACAUGUCAGUGGUCAGAUGUUAUAUUUUGCACCAGAUCUGAUUCUAAAUGAACAGAGGAUGAAAGAAUCAUCGUUCUAUUCACUGUGUCUAUCCAUGUGGCAACUCCCACAGGAAUUUGUCAGACUUCAAGUUAGCCAAGAAGAGUUCCUAUGUAUGAAAGCUCUGUUACUUCUCAAUACAAUUCCUUUGGAAGGUCUAAGAAGUCAAAGCCAAUUUGAUGAGAUGAGAACGAGUUACAUUAGAGAACUGGUGAAGGCAAUUGGUUUGCGCCAGAAAGGCGUUGUGGCCAACUCCCAACGUUUCUAUCAACUUACAAAACUGAUGGAUUCCAUGCAUGAUCUAGUGAAACAGCUCCAUCUCUUCUGUCUGAACACAUUUCUCCAGUCCCGUGCACUGAGUGUUGAAUUCCCCGAGAUGAUGUCAGAGGUGAUUGCUGCCCAGCUACCCAAGAUUCUAGCAGGGAUGGUGAAACCUCUUCUCUUUCACAAAAAGUGA